UAUCUAAACUAAAAACGACACAAUCCAAAUUCCCAAAAAAUGAUUUGAAAAUUAGUUUGUUAAAAAACAUUCAAAUAAUAAAAACUAAAGAAAGGAAAUUGAAAAUCCGAUCGCAUUUGUUUGAAAAAAAAAAAAAAAACUAUUCGUUUCUGCAAAAUUUCUCCAGAUCUGUUAUUCCCCUCAAUUUUCAUUUACCGGUCCAGAAAACAAACCGCAAACCCUAAAUAGACCAAAAGGGAGGGAAAAGAAAAUAGAGAAGAAAAAAACUAUGUUCAGAUUCGAAUUUGAGAAGAUCAGGAAACGAAUUUGAUUUUAUCGAAAAAAGGCCUUUUUUUUUUGUAAAUUUCUGCUAUGGCCGACGCGCUUUCUGUGAUUCCCGCAUCAGUUCUCCGUAAUCUUUCUGACAAGCUGUACGAGAAACGCAAGAAUGCUGCCCUUGAGGUUGAAGGAAUUGUGAAACAGCUGGCGUUGUCGGGAGAUCACGAGAAGAUAUCGGCGGUGAUCAAAUUGUUGGCCAAGGAAUUUACCUACUCUCCACAAGCCAAUCACCGUAAGGGAGGAUUGAUUGGUUUGGCUGCUGCCACUGUUGGGUUGACUUCCGAAGCCGCGCAACAUCUUGAGCAAAUUGUGCCGCCAGUGCUUAAUUCUCUUUCUGACCAAGACAGCAGAGUACGAUAUUAUGCUUGUGAAGCACUAUAUAACAUUGCAAAGGUUGUCCGAGGAGAUCUCAUCAUAUUCUUUAAUCAAAUAUUUGAUGCAUUAUGCAAGCUAUCGGCUGAUUCUGAUGCCAAUGUACAGAGUGCUGCUCACCUUUUAGAUAGGCUCGUGAAGGACAUUGUUACUGAAAGCGACCAGUUCAGUAUUGAAGAAUUUAUACCAUUACUGAGAGAGCGUAUGAAUGUCCUGAAUCCCUAUGUUCGCCAAUUUUUGGUUGGGUGGAUAACUGUACUGGACAGUGUUCCAGAUAUUGACAUGUUGGGUUUCCUUCCUGAUUUUCUUGAUGGUUUGUUUAAUAUGUUAAGCGAUUCUAGUCCUGAAAUACGGCAACAAGCUGAUUCAGCACUUUCAGAGUUCCUCCAAGAGAUUAAAAACUCCCCAUCUGUAGAUUAUGGUCGCAUGGCUGAAAUACUGGUGCAAAGGGCAGCUUCUCCUGAUGAAUUUACUCGGUUAACAGCAAUCACUUGGAUAAACGAAUUUGUAAAACUUGGUGGAGACCAGCUUGUUCCUUACUAUGCUGACAUACUGGGAGCCAUCCUCCCCUGCAUAUCUGAUAAAGAAGAGAAAAUUAGAGUGGUUGCUCGUGAAACCAAUGAGGAACUUCGUUCAAUCAAGUCUGAUCCAGCAGAGGCUUUUGAUGUUGGGGCCAUUCUCUACAUUGCAAGGAGGCAACUGGAUAGUGAGUGGGAGGCCACUAGAAUUGAAGCAUUGCACUGGAUAUCAACCCUUUUAGACAGACAUCGUGCUGAGGUCUUGUGUUUUCUAAAUGACAUAUUUGACACCCUUUUGAAAGCUCUAUCUGACUCUUCUGACGAGGUUGUGCUUCUGGUUCUUGAUAUUCAUGCAUGCAUAGCACGAGAUCCCCUACACUUCCGCCAGCUUAUUGUUUUUCUGGUGCAUAAUUUCCGGGUUGAUCAUUCUCUUCUGGAGAGGCGUGGUGCUUUGAUAAUCCGUAGACUUUGUGUUCUUUUGGAUGCUGAACGGGUCUAUCGUGAACUAUCCACCAUACUAGAGGGAGAAGCAGACCUGGAUUUUGCCUGCAUUAUGGUUCAGGCUUUGAAUUUGAUUCUACUCACUUCUUCUGAGCUAUCUGUGCUUCGGGAACUUUUGAAACAGUCACUUGUUAAUGCUGCUGGAAAGGAUUUGUUUGUUUCUUUGUAUGCUUCAUGGUGCCAUUCACCCAUGGCCAUUUUAAGUCUUUGUUUAUUGGCACAGGCAUAUCAGCAUGCAAGUGCCGUGAUUCAGUCCUUGGUUGAGGAAGAUAUUAAUGUCAAGUUCUUGGUUCAGCUUGAUAAAUUGAUUCGCUUGCUCGAAACUCCCAUCUUUGCUUAUCUUAGAUUGCAGCUUCUUGAACCAGGAAGGUAUAUAUGGUUGCUGAAAGCAUUGUAUGGUCUUUUAAUGUUACUUCCACAGCAAAGUGCUGCAUUCAAGAUCUUGCGAACUCGUUUGAAAACUGUGCCAUCGCACUCCUUCAAUGGUGAUCAACUCAAACGAGCAUCAUCAGGCAACCCAUACUCCCAAAUUUUACAUUAUAGUGGAUCCCAAAUCAGUGAGGAUGGCGAUGUAAGGCAAGAUAAUGGGAAUUUACAGAACGGAAUCAACUUUGCUUCAAGGCUACAACAGUUUGUUCAAAUGCAGAGACAACAUCGAAUGCUUGAAAAAUCACAAGAGCAAUCACAAGCUAGAAGUAGUUCCACUUUAUCAAAGGAAGGGCCAGAAGCAGAAGAAUCCCGGGGACCUCAAACAUCCGACUCAAACUUGCCUCCUUCAAGAUCAUCCAGAAGAGGCCUGGGGUAAUUGCCAAAUUAAUUGAUGGUGCUUCUGCGACCUACUUAUAGUUCAAAGUCAUUGUACUAUGAUCUCAAUAUGGUUGAGCCACAGGUGAGAUCUGGUAUAAAGUAUGUAAAAUUGUAUAUCAUAUUAGUUUGUUUCCAUUAAACUCAUGGAGAUUGGGAUGGUGGAAAUUGGGUUUUGAAUAUAAAGCUUGGAGGGGCUUUCCAAGCUAUUCUUUUUCCUUUGUAAACAGGAUACACCCAUGUGGUUCUGUGAUCUUUUUUUUAUUUAUUGAAAUCCACAUGGAUUAGAGGGAGAUGAUGAAUUUAGAGAAUGCAGUUUUUAUUUUUCUAUUUUCUUCAUGUCUCGUAGCAAUCUUACAAUAAAAAUAAGGGAAUUUCUAAUUCAUGUACAAA